AUGAGUUCCACAAUUGGUUUACGUGCAGCCACAAAUGGCUGUUCCUCCUCAUCAUCAGUCCUAAAUGGAGCUGCCACAUGCCAUGCCAUUGCAUCGAAAACCCUGAAUGGUAAUAAUCUACAUACCAUGAAUGAUGCGACAACAACAACCACCACCACCAGUAAAUGUCCCGAUUUGGCUGCCAAAGUUAUACAGAAAUCGCACAUUGUCUGUUUCGAUGUGGAUUCGACGGUGAUCCGUGAAGAAGGUAUCGAUGAAUUGGCCGAUUUCUGUGGCAAAGGUUCUGAGGUGGCCCGUGUUACCAAAGAAGCCAUGGGCGGUUCAAUGACCUUCCAGGAUGCUCUCAAAAUUCGCCUAGAUAUCAUUAGACCUAGCCAAGAACAAAUUCGCGAUUUUCUCAAAUCCCGACCCAGCACAUUGACACGCAAUGUUAAACGUUUCGUUGAACAUCUAAAGGCCGAGGGUAAACAAGUCUAUUUGAUAUCUGGUGGUUUCCACUGUCUCAUCGAGCCGGUGGCCAAUGAGCUGAAUGUGCCCCUCUCCCAUUUGUAUGCCAACAAAUUGAUGUUCUACUGUAAUGGCGAAUAUGCUGCCUUCGACACCAAUCAACCCACAUCCCGAUCGGGCGGUAAAGCAGAGGCUAUUGCUCACAUACGUAAACAAUACGAAGCGGAUACUGUGAUAACCAUGAUUGGUGAUGGUGCCACCGAUUUGGAAGCCGUACCGCCAGCAAAUUAUUUCGUUGGUUUCGGUGGUAAUGUGGUGCGUCCUGAGGUAUAUAAAAGGGCCCAGUAUUAUGUAACGGAUUUUGAGCAAUUAAUGUGAAAA